UUGGGUCUACGCGGGAAGCGCCAAGAUGGCGGCAGAGGGAACCAGCGGCCCCGGCGCCUGGAGUCCUGGGUCUGUGGCGGCGGCAGCCAGCAAACACAACGUCACCAGUUUCCAGAGAAGGGGUCCGAGAGCCAGCGGCACCGAGAGCGGCGGCUGUCGACUGGUGUCCAUCGCAGGCACACGGCCGUCGGUGCGGAACGGACAGCUGCUGGUAUCAACCGGGCUCCCAGCCCUGGACCAGCUCUUAGGUGGAGGUUUGGCUGUUGGAACAGUUCUUCUUAUUGAAGAGGAUAAAUAUAAUACUUAUUCUCCUUUGCUCUUCAAGUAUUUCCUGGCAGAAGGAAUCGUCGCUGGGCAUACUUCGUUGGUCGCAUCUGCAAAAGAAGACCCUGCUGACAUAUUACAGGGACUUCCUGCACCAUUACUUGAUGAUAAUUGUAAAAAAGAACUUCGUGAAGAUGUACAUAAUGAUGAAACAUCAGAAUUUAACAGUAAGAUGAAAAUAGCUUGGCGUUAUCAGCUGUUACCUAAGAUGGAGGCUGGACCAGUAUCAUCUUCAAAAUUUGGUCACUAUUAUGAUGCAUCAAAAAAAAUACCACGAGAAUUAAUAGAGGCUUCAAAAUGGCAUGGAUUUUUUCUUCCAGAAAAAAUAUCUUCAACUCUUAAUGAAGAACCCUGUUCUUUGACCCCUGGCUACAUAAAGCUGCUUCAGUUUAUUCAGAAAAUCAUUUAUGAGGAAGGAUUUGAUGGAUCCAAUCCCCAGAAAAAACAGAAAAACAUUUUACGAAUAGCAAUCCAGAGUCUUGGUUCACCUUUGUGGGGAGAUGAUGUCUGCUGUACAAAAAACUGUGACAACAGUCACAGCCUUACAAAAUUCCUCUUCGUUCUCCGUGGUCUUCUGCGCACCUCUCUUUCAGCCUGCCUCAUCACUGUGCCAACACAUCUCAUCCAGAAUAAAGCAAUUAUUGCUCGUAUUACAAACUUGUCAGAUACAGUCAUUCAUCUGGAGUCGUUUAUUGGUUCUAACAGAGAAACCAACCCAUUAUAUAAGGAUUAUCAUGGUUUGAUUCACAUACGUCAGAUUCCUCGGCUUAAUAACUUGAUGUAUGAUGUGUCAGAUGUCAAAGACUUAGCUUUUAAAUUGAAAAGAAAGCUAUUCAUCAUUGAGGCCAAGCCCAAUUUCUUCUUAGCCAUGGGUCAGUGAGCUCAUGCUGAUUCUCAUAUGACGGAUGGCUUGAUUUUGCAAAGAUAUCACUAACUACCAAUACCUAAGUCUAGCUGCCAUCAUCAUGAAAAACCUAGAAUAAUAGAAAAGUAUGAAUUUGAAUGUAUUAUUGCCUUUAAUUUCACUAACUAGCAUUCCUGGGCACCAUCAGAAUUGUGUGUAUCUGAGAAAGAUUAAUUUAAACUUUAUUAAUGUGGUAGUAACAAAAUAGCAUAAAACAAGCAAAAUAGUAUUCUGUUACACAUAUUUGUUAUCUUUCCCUGUUAAAUGUCAUAGGAAAAAAACCAUACACUUUAAAUGGUAAAAUUUUGUAUUUAGUACAUGUAAAUGUAAAUUUAAGAACAAGUGGAUUUCACCAGAAUAUGAUACAUAUCUGCUUUAAUAGCUGUUCUACAUCCUCCCAAAUGAAAACAAUAUUAUAUUAAUAAAUCAUAAGGGGCUUCUAUUAGCUUGAUAAAUAAGUGCAUUUAAAACACAAGUUAGAAAAGGAUUUGUUUAAAUACUUUAAAUAAGUCUUUAUCAUACUACUCUAGUGAUGUCAAAUACAACCUUCAUUCUGAAGAUUUUAGUUAGAGAUUUAAUCUUUGAAAAUAUUAAUAACAGCUUACAGCAGGUAAGCUAUAAAAUAAUACUGGAUGCUGUCUAUUUAGUUUCUGGUUGAAAAAGCACAGCAGUACUUUAGUUCAUUACCUUUGAAAAAACCAGUAACAAGAUAAUACAGCUGCCUCUGAUUAAGAUGUAAAUUCUUUCUAAUUAGAAUGUAAAUUCUUACAUUUAAAUGAAGACAUCAAUUGUCAGGAUGCCAUAUGAUAUCUUAUUCCACCUUGCCUGAAUGAAGCCCUCACUGCUCAUCUAUGGCACUAAAAUAGUUUUGCAAUCCCUUUGUUCUCUGAUUCUUGUAAUAUUCUCUCUUCAUGUUCCCUUUUCACAUUGCUUUUGUUUAUUUUCCCCCUUGCAUCUGAUAUUGCUGUGCCUUGGGAUUUUGCAGAAAUUUGGAAUGAAAAUUGAGUUCAGUCAGUGCCAGUAUUUGCUUGUGCCUCAAUUACUUCUGCUGAAUUUUCCUCAAUGCAAAUCAGGCAGGUUGCAUAAAGUGGUGCAUGUAUUUG